CUCGUCAUGAUUCCCCUAUUCCUUGCCAAAGCGGUACAUAGCUAACGUUACCCCAAUAUUCUGCUGUCAAAAAGACAGUUACACCGAACGAUGACUUGAUAUUAAAGUAAAUAACGUUGGUUACGUUAUAAUACACUCCACAACUAACCGGCCAAAUUAUCCAUGAAGUUAAACCCUGUCAUCUCUCGAAAUUCUGAAGUUACGUCUUUAGAACUCAACAAAACAGCAAAAGAAGCUAGCGUGUCAAUUAGCAAAGGCUCUGAAAUACUGACAUUAUCUAAGGCAGCUAAGUUAGCUAGCUAGGUGGCUAUAAUGGUAGCUAAGCUAGGUGAGUUAUGCCACACAUCUAGUAAAACAGACUUUCUUGACGAAAUUUGUGUCAAAAGGACACUUUCAUGAUACCACGACUUCGCUGGUCUUGGUCAUAUAUCGACAACUAACUAUUGAAGACAUGGGAAGGUAAUAUGGAGGUCGUGGAAAAUCUCCUUGCGGACCGAGUUCCGGGGUGCAGCACCGGGAGAGAUGAAGGAAUCCUACAAUGACUUCUUACAUGACGCAGGACUGCAAAACCAGGUGGGUGUGGUGUUUGGCCUACAAACCCUUGAGCACUGUAAGGCCUUGUGCAAGGGGCACUACAACUACUUGGAGCGACUGCCCAACCAGCUGUUGCUCCGUAUCCUCUUCUACCUCAGCUUCAGGGAUAUCGGUCGUCUAUCACAGACCUCCAAGAGGUUCUGGAAGCUCUCUAACUCCUCUGAGCUGUGGGAACAGACUGUGCGUGUGCGCUGUGACGAGCUGACGCCAGACAUGGAGGUGCUGGCCAACGCCAUGGGCUGGAGGAAGAUCUUCUUCACCUUCUUCCAUGACCAGCAGCGUGGCUCCAAAGCAGGCCCGGCCACAGACGCCGUGCCCUCUGCCACAGCCCUGGCCCAAGCCUCUGCUACCAAAGCACCUGAGUGAACUCAAUGUCAGGGUCACACUGCAAACAAUCACCUUUUAAUAAGCACUUUUUGAUAAGCAUUUUUUGUUCUUGGAUGAAUUUUAUUUUAUGUAUUUAUGAUUUUGUGAUGAAUUUAGUGUGAAUGUUCAAUCAUUUUUUAUACUGUUGAUUUAUGUUUGAAGUGCCAAGUGCUGCUGAUGGUGAAAACCUUUCUGCUGCUUUUGUACUCCAGUUGAAGAAGUUUACAAUUUUUGUGGUUCUACUCCAUGAAUAAUAAAAAAAAAGAGUGUAUGAA